CCCCCCCCUCUUUCUCCCCUUCUCUCUUCAAUGUCCACGUACGGAUUCAUCCUCGCCUUCGUAUAUAUCGGCGCGGGGAAAGGAGCAGUAACUCAGCUCCAUCGAUGGAGCCGGAGGUUGUGAGAUCGGAGAUGGUCCUUCCACCUGUUCUGGGGUUCAAGAAGAUCCAGAUGGCCGACAAAUACCCAAAGGGCCAGUCGAGGGCGAGACACUGGAAGCACCUCAAACAACUCCUCCAAUCCGAGAACAAUUUCCAAUCUUACCCUCCAAACGAACCCAACUAUUUGAAUAUUGAGUCACCACCAUCUAUGUAUCCAUCAAAGAAAUUCUGUGACAUAACAGGAUUUGAGGCACCAUAUGUGGAUCCUAGGACUAAGCUCCGAUAUGCAAGUCCAGAAGUUUUUAAGCACAUCAGGAUGCUUCCUGAUGAGCAUGUUCAGCGAUAUCUGACUUUGAGAAAUGCAGCUGUCGUUUUAAGAUAGUAAUUGAUAUGGGAGAGGAAUCUAUUAUCAAAACAGAGAUCUGUAUUGAAUACUUAUUUUGGGGGUCGUUUCAGAUGACCAUUGUGGGUGUCAUAUUGGGAUGUCAUUGUAGAUUUGUAGCUCUAAUGAAUAUAUUUAGGGGACUCAUGACUUGAUAAGCAUUGAGAAAUUUGUAAUGAUAUUUUUUCUCCUAAAACUUCUUUUUAUUUAAUGCUUAAGAUGUCUAGUCGACAGUGUUCAUGAUUA